AUGGCUGGGAUUAUCGCAAUUUAUAUAUAUGGAAGAGAGGUAUAACCAUUAUGGAUUUUUUUUUUCCCUGAAGUUUCUAAUUUUUAUCAAAUUAUCAAAUUUAUAGAACAGUCGCCUCUUUCAUGCUGUAAAUCCAGAAGAGCUUGGAAAUGUUUGUGACAUUGAAAUGUUCGUUUUUUGCUCGUUGGAUAUCGUGGACGAGAAAGUGGUGAAAUCAAAUGAGAUGUAUCUUGGCCAGCUAUUCACCGACCAGCGUUACAAGGUUUAUUCAUGAAUUUUUUCACUUUUUAAGUUUUUUUCAGUCGUUCGGCUUUGUCACCAACACCGGAGUUAAAAUUGUGCUGGUCGUUGAUUUUCUGAACUCUACUCUUAAAGACCAGGAUGUUCGAUCUAUCUUUAAAAGAUUUCAUGUCUUUUAUUGCAAAACUAUUUCGAAUCCCUUUUACACAAUUGGGUCGCCUCUUCAUUCAAGGUUCCGAGAUUUGUGAUUCAAUAGUGACCUAAUUUUCCAGGUGGCUCGACGAUGGGUGUAAAGAAAUUUUUGCCAAAUCUGAGUAG